GAGCUCUGAGAAAUGACUAAGAGGCUCGUUGGAGCGGGACGGGCCUGCCUGGGGCUGCCAUGAAGUUCUCGGAGACGCGAGGGAAGUUGGCCGUGCUUGCUGCCGCCGCUGGCGGUCCUUUCCUGGGCUCGCUUCUGGGCUUCUUCUCCUCCCCACCGCCGCCAUGUCGUCCAUCCUUCAUGCCACCCAUCGUCAAGUGGCUGCUGGGCUGGAAGAAAGGCGAGCAGAACGGGCAGGAGGAGAAGUGGUGCGAGAAGGCGGUCAAGAGCCUGGUGAAGAAGCUCAAGAAGACCAGGCAGCUGGACGAGCUGGAGAAGGCCAUCACCACCCAGAGCGCCAACACCAAGUGCAUCACCAUCCCGAUUUCCAUCCGAUGACUGAGUUUGGCUUAGAAACGGAAGUCUCAAAAAUGGGGUCCAAUCCCAACAGUCUGCAGGGACUGGAACAGAGUAAACUGUGUCUGAGAGAGACUCUAAGCAUGGAAUAUUGUGUGCUGGCAAAGGCAGAGAGUUAUCCAUUUUAAAUUCACUUGUUCAAAAAUUUUCUUGGACAUUUCUUUUUCUUAAUAAUGUUAUUUAGUUUCAUUUUUGUAAAUAAUAUUGCUUUUAUCAAUAUAUUUUUAUAUUUGUGUUUAUUUUUCUUUGUCAGC